AUGUACACGACUACCUACAAUACCGAACUACCACCCAAUUAUGGCGAUAGCAGUGACAUGAUCACCCUCAAGGCGACUUCGCAGUCGCCCAGUCCCGUCUCAGCUCCUAUAUAUGAACCAGACGAUACGCCGCGUUUGACGACGCCCAGAGUCUCCGGCGUGGAAGCUCCUACACCUUCUCUGCCCACCGUUGAAUGUACCGUCCGCGCGCGAAUCCCGACAACCACAGGCUCCGAGCUAUGGCUGCACCUCUACAGGAACGACACCGACGACAAAGAACAUCUAGCCUUUGUAUUUGGCAACCAGAUCCAAAGCCGCAGUUUAAACCGGACAACGAAGGAGGAGACAGAAAUGGAGCGCAUGGUGCGCGGCGCCUACAGGGGAACAUUGUCGCCGGAGCGAAUCAGCAGCCAUUGUCAUGAAAAUAAUGGCUCUGCUGAAUCCGAGUCCUCGUGUCCAGUCUCAGUGCCAAAGCUCACGCUGGUGCGCGUCCAUUCGGAAUGCUACACCGGCGAGACAGCGUGGUCGGCGAGAUGCGACUGCGGCGAGCAACUUGAUCAGGCAGCCCGUAUGGUGACGGCGGCUGGGAACGGGGUUAUUGUUUAUCUGCGACAGGAGGGCCGGGGAAUCGGUCUGGCAGAUAAGUUGAAAGCUUAUAAUCUCCAAGAUAUGGGGCUUGAUACGGUCGAUGCGAACUUGUCCCUAGGGCGACCUGCAGAUGGACGGACGUAUGGCAUCGCGACGGCGAUCCUGGUGGAUCUUGGUCUGGGAAACGAUACGGGCUGUUCUGGGGGGAUUCAGUUGUUGACCAAUAACCCGGAGAAAAUGUGCACGGUUGAAGGUCUGCAUGGGGAGAUCACUGUUAAGGAACGAGUGCCUAUCGUUCCGGAAGCGUGGCAGGCAGGUUCUGGUGAGGACCAGGGCAGCAGAGAUUCGGAGCUCUGUGGAUAUUUACAGACAAAGAUUGAUAAGAUGGGGCAUCUUAUGUGA